AGAGUACCGACAUAGCCCAGCUAAUGUUAUUGCUCAGCUGGUACAAAGCACGUCCACAUGUAAGGAAGUACUUGAUUCUGAUGAUAAUGAGAGCUCAAAAGCCGCUGACCCUGUGUACAGCCCUAGGGACUGAAAUCUCUUUAGAGACAUUUCUCAAGAUAGUGAAUUCUGCAUAUUCCUACUUCACUCUGCUUAUAUGCAUGGUAAGAUAAACUGAGAGACCGGUUCUGAGAUUUUAGAAUUAGAUUAUACGUUCGUAUUAUAGGCACUAGGAAAUAUU